AUGCCAGAAACUCCAAAUGUAUCUUUGGAAGAAUACUGUUUUCCUGAAUCGAAUGUUUCUUGUUUCAAAGCUUCGUACUGUAUGACAACUAAAACAGUGUUAUAUUUUUUACUGGUGUGUGCGAUGGCCAUUACAAUUCUAGGGAACUCUGUUGUCAUUAUCUCCAUAGCUCAUUUUAAACAACUUCACACACCUACAAACAUUUUAGUGAUGUCUCUGGCACUGGUGGAUCUGCUUCUGGGAAUCACAGUCAUGCCGCUUAGCAUGGUCAGGUCUGUGGAUGGCUGCUGGUAUCACGGUGAAGAAUUGUGCUUUUUACACUCAAGUUUUGACAUGUGUCUCACUGGUGCAUCAAUCUUCCAUCUAAUUUCUAUUGCAAUUGAUCGAUAUCAAGCCGUGUGUUAUCCACUUCAGUACCCUACAAGAGUGACUAAAUCUGUCGCAUGGUUUAUGGCAGUUAUGAGUUGGAUUGCCUCUGUCGUGUACUCUUAUACGCUCCUAUGUUCAAAAGCAAAUUUGGAACAAUUAGAUGAUUAUAUUGCAUCCGUAAGUUGUCUGGGGUAUUGUGAACUUUUGUUUAAUGAACUAUGGGCAUCAAUGGAUGCAUGCAUAUGUUUCUUUUUACCAUGCUGUGUUAUGUUUUGUCUGUAUGCAAAAAUAUUUUUCAUUUCAAAGAAACAUGCAAGAAAAAUUGAGGAUGUAAAGCAGGGCAAAAAUGAGAAGAAUUUAACAAGGUUUUCACAAAAAAUGAAACAUGAGAACAAAGCAGCAAAAACUCUUGGUAUUGUUGUAGGAGCCUUUAUUUGUUGCUGGAUGCCAUUUUUUGUCACAUCUGUACUCGAUCCCUUCAUUAACUUUGCUACCCCUUUAGUACUUUCUGAUGUCUUUGUCUGGUUGGGUUACAUUAAUUCAACCUUAAACCCCAUUAUAUAUGGCCUUUUCUACCCUUGGUUUAGAAAAACACUAUCACUCAUUGUUACACUAAAAAUAUUUGCUCCUCAGUCCUCUGACAUCAAAGUUUAUACAUCAUGA